GUAGGGAGCGCCAGCUGCACCAACUCGCGGCCAGACCGCGAGACAUGUGGCUGAGACUUUCUGAAAGCUACGCUUCGUAUUUCGCCAAAAACAAUCCCGGAUAGUGCGAUUCGUCAGCAUUUCGUAGCAGGAGUUUGGACGCUAAAACCAGUUUAGUAGCUGCAAACCAGGCGCAGUAGCACUUAAAGUGGUGAUCAGGACAGCCGGGGGCGACAUGACUGGAGCUGGAAUUGGUGGCCAGGGCCCGCCUGAUGGGAUGGAUGCUGAGGAGGCGGAGAGGUGUCCUAUCUGCCUGGGUGUCCUCGCAGGUGGCGAGCUCGCCAUGCCCGACAGCUGCUGCCACGUCUUCUGCCUCAGAUGCCUCCUCACAUGGGCAGAGUUGCAGAUGGCUCCUUCCUGCCCGGUGGACAGAAGACCCUUCACUAACGUUUACAGAUGGGACGGGAAUCUCAGCUGUGUGCAGGUACCUGUGAGGAAACGAGCGACUCAACCUGAAGCUGAGAGUUGCCGCUGUAGAAACCCAGAACAAAAAGGCUGUCCCAAGUGUUUUCUUUUCAGAGGUAAGCCGGCAAGAAGAUUGAGACGGCAACAGGUGCAGAGGGCGGCAGACACCAAAACAAAAGGACUCGUGAGGAAAUGUAAGGAUGAUGACCCCUCCUCACUGAGCAGAAAAAAGGUGAGAGGAACAGAGUGCUGUACUUGGUCACCGUCUCCCUGCAUCUCAUUAACGACAACAUCAGCUCAGGACAUUGCAGAACCUGUUUGGGUGGCAGAAGACAUACCAUAUGACACCGGGUUCAAACAGUGCAAACCCCAGGCACAAGAUUGUCCGUGGCUUUCUCCUGCUGCUCCCAUCCCGGCUAACGGCACCUCAAGGCAGAAUUUCCAUCCCACUGGUUGGAACCACAGCCCAUUUCCAUUUGGACUCUGCUCAUCUCCUUUUACCUCCAGUUCAUUGUUUGGCCCUGGUCAUUUUGUGUUCCAGGGUGUGGUCUGCGCCAUCACGUGUCCCAAAGGAGGAGAGAAGAGAGGCGGCCGAGCUUCCACCUCCAAAGCUCCCACCAAAGAGGCCGAGUCUCUACCAACGAGGAGAUCUGGACGCAACAGUAAAACGCAGGAAGAGGCUCCUGCAUCUGACCCGUCACCGCCACAGUCCAGUUCGUCAGAGUCAGACUCGUCUACCGGCCAGUCCACCAAGCCAGGCAGGGCUUCUCAGGUGCCAGCCAAGAGGAAGGGCAAACGGGUAACAAACCGAAAGGCCAGUGGGAAACGGAAAGCCACGACAAGGAAAAAAAAAUCUCCCGAAGUCGUCUGCAGCCCGGCAGCAAGUGAAGAGGAGGAGGAAGAGGGUGGUCGGGGUGACAACAUGGAGAAGGAGGAGGAAGAAGACAAAACUGAUCUGGAGCAGGAUUUGAACAACUCACAGCAGCAGCAGUCUGAUGCUGAGGGGAGCCUAAAUGAAGACCAGGACGCUUUCAACUCUGCUGAUGAGCGAGGAGGCGCUCAACCUUUGAGUAACGAUGUGGCACAGGACAGUGAUGAGACUCAGGAGCCGUCUGAUGAGCAUGAACAGAAACCCGAUGAGGGAGACAAUGACCCGUCUUCUCCCUCAGACUCUGCUCCCAACAGCCCCGGGUCGUGUUCUGAGGGCGACCAGAGGAGGGGGGUGGAGGAGCUAGCAAGCCCCGCUUCCUCUGAAGGAAAGGACUCUGAGAAAAGGUCUCCACCAUCACCCUCUGACUCUCACAACGCUCUGCUGGAGAGCCUGAUGUCUCCACACAGUGAGGAGCAGGCAGAGCAGGAUGACAACAUGGAGAUGUGUGCAGAGUCAGAAGAAUUUAACAAUGAAGAAUCUUCAAAGGAAGUGAAGGCUGAGUCGUGUGAGAACUCUCCACAACCGGCUUCCCCCUCUGCCGGAGAGUCAGAGGAUGAUUUAACUGUCCCACAAUCAAAAGCUUCUGAGGACGCUGGUAGAGAAAAGGCUGGAUCAGACGAGCCUUCAGUAGUUGACAGCCCCGGGGAAGAAAGCAAGGAGGACAGUACAUCUCAGGAUGACACGAAAGUUGUCCCCAUGGACUGCAGUUCACCCACCAGUGAGCAUGAUGACGAACCCAUGUUUGAACUACCGAAGGAGAGCGCUUCCCCAGCUGCGGUAGAACCUCCUGCUUCUGCAAGCCAAGUCUCUGAGGACGAGAGCCGCAAGGACCAACAGGAGAGAGAAAGGAGCCAAGAGAGGAAGAAUGGCAGACAGCGGCGCUCUCGCUUUCACUCCCCAUCUUCUACUUGGUCCCCUAAGAGGGACUCCAAGCGAGAACCGACCAGGCGCUCACGCUCACGGUCUAGAGAACGUGACGGCAGCCCGCCCUCUAGCCGCUCAUCGCGAGCUCGCAGCAGAGAAAGAGACCGAGACAGGGACCGGGACGGAGAGAGAGACUAUUCUAGGAGGGAGCGUAGUCGUGAGAGGAGGAGGCGGCGAUCCAGGAGUCGUUCUAGGUCCAAGUCCAGGUCCCGGUCGAGGUCACGGUCCAGAACAAGGACCUACAGGCGAGGGCCCAGCCCCGAACGACCAGCCUCCAGAGAGCAAUCUCCUCAGAGGAAAGAGCGUAGGGGCGGCUGGAGGUCUGGGCAGGGCAGUGGGUCUGGUGGUGAGGGACAGCGGUAUCGAGGAGGCGCUGGGCGUUUUGAAAAUGGUGUGCCUACAGAAAGUUCCCCUGAUCGCCAGGGCUGGUCGGAAAAUCCCGACUGGGUUACAGAAAAGAGUCGCGCUGAUGCUGAGAGGAACUCCAGUGGUGGCUCACGCUGGGAAGACAACCGCAGCAGUGGCGGGAACAGAGGAGAGCCACGGGGUCGUGGGGGCCGCGGAGGGCUUGAACGCGGCCGGGGGGGCGCAGGGCGCGGUGGCAGCAACCGUAGCUUCUUCAGCCAGCAGGAUGAAACAGCCGACAGCCGAUGGCAGCCCAGAAACAACUUCUCAGGUACAGGCAACAAUUCAGGGACUGACGCGUACAGCCGCUUCAACGAAAACCGGGGCGGUGGCCGGAGGAAAGAGUCUGAGUCGGGAGAAUCUAUGGUCGACCGGUCAGGCUGGUCAUCGGCGUCCAGCUGGGCUGUCAGGAGGACACUACCCGCAGAUGUUCAGGAUUAUUACUCCAAGAGGGAGAGAGGAGGACCAGGAGGCUGGAACCGGCAGGAGGAGGAGCAGCCGGCAGCGGCAGCAGCAGCAGAUCCCCCUAAAAGCGAGCCGCCUCCCCAGGCAGUCCCAGGGAACGCUCCGGUGCCUGUGAUGAACAUGAUUCCUCCUCAGCUGAAUGUUCUUCACCAUCACUACCCCAUGCAGGGCCCUCGAGGAGCCCUGCCAGUCAGCUUGCAGCCCGCAGCCCCGUACGCCAUGCCUCCUCAGGUCCCCGUGCACCUCCACCCUGCCGUACCGCUGCUUCAGGUCCCCUCUGUCGCAGCUCAGGGCCUCCCACCGCCUCCCCCACCGCCUCCACCCAUGCAGCAAGGUGGCCAGACAGCAGCAGCUCCACCUGAUGGCUACACGACACAGAUGGCGAAUGCAAUGGUGGGUUAUGGGAAACCUGCCCUUCUUCCCACCCCAACCAAGGCACUGACGACCCAGGGCCAGCUGGCACCCAGCCAGGUGCUACCAUCCUCUACAACUCAGCCCGGCCAGUAUAACAAGGCUCAAGCCGACAGCUCCAAAAAAGAAAAGAAACAACAGAUCCAAGAGAAAGCUAUAAAUGAAGUGAAGACAGCCAUCAAACCCUUUUACCAAAGGAAGGAAAUCACCAAGGAGGAGUACAAAGAGAUUGUCCGCAAAGCGGUAGAGAAGGUGUGUCACAGCAAGAGUGGUGAGGUGAACUCCAGUAAGGUGGCCAACCUGGUGAAGGCCUAUGUGGACAAAUACAAGCACGCUCGCAAGAAAUAAAAUCCCGGGCUGCUGCUGGCGUGGCGAUGCCCUCACAGACCCAUUCAGCUGCUCAAGUGCAAUUUCCUCUAGCUGGAAUUUGGCCUCCAAACUGAAAGAUGACGGAGAGCCGACAUUUUCUUUUUUGAUAUCUCUACCUUUUAUUGAAUGAUGAAGAUUUUUUUCUAUAGAUUUUCAUAUUUUGUUAGAAAAGAAUUACCCAAUCAGAAAUUGUAAUGCAAGAGCCCUUUAUUUUGCAUAGAUUAUGUGACUUGGGAACUACUGUAAGGAGCGCAGGGUAGCGUGGGGGGGUGGGGUGGGACAGUUGAUACUAAAGAUGCAACGCUCAGUGAACGCCGACAGCUCAUGUAGUGGAGAGCCUCUCCCAGGGUGCCGGAUGGUACGAGAUUUUCUCCUAUAUGGCGCCCUGAUCGCAUAGCUUAUUAAUUGAAUAAUGUCAAUCUUCUUUUUUAAAAUGUUCUGUAAUAUUUCAGAUGAAAGCCUAGUUUAAAAAAAACAGUGCAUUGCCUUUAUUAAUCUCUGUGGCCCAACGACGGGCUGGAUCAUCUGAUGAGUGUGAUUGUAAUCAGGGCCCUGAUUGGUUGGAGACGCUAAGGGCGAUGGCCGAUCAGCAGUGAGUGUGUAAUGUGAGGCACAGGGCCCAGGUGGGCACAUCACAUGACAUGAACCCCCGCCCCCUGCCUGAAUGUGUAAUAAAUUUCAAUGGGUGAACAUGAACGUUGCAAAGUAUCAAGAGAGUAGUGAAAUAAAUUAGCUGCUUCCUGAUCUGCUCUGUGUGUUUGUCAGAGGCGUCGCGUGGAGGAAAGAAAUGCCUCCAUUUUAGACUUUAAAGAUGGAAAGUCUGUCUCCAUCUUUGUUGCUUUGGUGUUUCGGAAGUUGCGGGCCGGACAGCUUGUAGCUGACCUGCAGAUUGCUAUAAAUAAUCGAAAUGGCAGCUUGUGCUUUCAAUCAACAGAUCGUCAAGAAACAUUGUUAUUGAAGGACGCAGUCACAGCCACAGGUGAUUAAAGUUCCUGCAUUCAGGUGUUUGUAAAGAAUCUGGUUUAUUAGAUCUCAGGUUGACAGUGGGUGAAGCUUUGCUGGGAAUUAUAUCAUCAGACUAUGAAGUGAUGAGAAUUGGCCUUUUUCGCUGAAGACAUUUUGACGUGUCCGUAGAAAAAGCUCCAGUGUAAAUAAUAAAAUAAAUGAUUCCAUUUA